UCCGUGCGCUCUGCGUUCAGCGGCGAGCGGACACGGCAGAGCGGGGAGAGACGGACCAGACAGCACCAUGACUGCACCCAGCAACACCUACGAUGUGAUAGUGGUCGGCGGAGGAAUAUCAGGUUUGAGUGCAGCAAAGCUGUUAAAAGCCAGUGGGCUUAGCCCUGUAGUCCUGGAGGCCAGGGAUCGGGUUGGUGGUCGCACCUUCACUGUGCAGAAUAAGGAGACAAAGUGGGUUGAUCUGGGUGGGGCUUACAUCGGACCAACUCAGAACCGCAUCCUCCGUUUGGCCAGAGAGUACGGUGUUCAGACCUACAAAGUCAACGAGCAGGAGAGCCUGGUGCAUUAUGUCAAUGGAAAGUCGUACCCGUUCAAAGGCUCCUUCCCUCCCAUGUGGAACCCCAUCGUCCUGUUGGACUUCAACAACCUGUGGAGGACGAUGGACGAGAUGGGCAAGGAGAUUCCCAGAGAGGCUCCCUGGAGAGCUCCCCAUGCCGAGGAGUGGGACAAGAUGUCCAUGCAGCAGCUCUUUGAGAAAAUCUGCUGGACCAGCACUGUUCGUCGCUUCGCCACACUGUUUGUCAACGUGAACGUGACGUCUGAGCCCCACGAGGUGUCGGCUCUGUGGUUCCUCUGGUACGUGAAGCAGUGCGGAGGAACCAUGAGGAUCUUCUCCACCACAAAUGGAGGACAGGAGAGGAAGUUUGUAGGCGGCUCCAGUCAGAUCAGUGAGGGCAUGGCCAGAGAGCUGGGAGACCGAGUGAAGCUGCAGUCUCCGGUCUACAGCAUCGACCAAAGCGGAGACAUGGUGGUGGUGGAGACGCUGGACAAACAGACCUACACCGCCAAGUACGUGAUCGUGGCCACCCCUCCCGGUCUGAACCUGAAGAUGCACUUUAACCCCGAGCUGCCACCACUGAGGAACCAGCUGAUCCACCGCGUCCCCAUGGGCUCCGUCAUCAAGUGCAUGGUCUACUACAAAGAGAACUUCUGGAGGAAAAAGGGUUACUGUGGCAGUAUGGUGAUCGAGGAGGAAGGUGCUCCCAUUGGUCUGACGCUGGAUGACACGAAGCCUGACGGAAGUGUGCCCGCCAUUAUGGGAUUCAUCCUCGCCCGCAAGUGCAGAAAGCUAUCAGUCUUGACCAAAGAGGAGAGGCUGAAGAAGAUCUGUGAGAUCUACUCCAGAGUGCUGGGCACAGAGGAGGCUCUGCAUCCGGUGCACUACGAGGAGAAGAACUGGUGUGAAGAGGAGUACUCCGGGGGCUGCUACACGGCAUAUUUCCCCCCAGGAAUCCUUACCCAGUUUGGCAGGGUGCUGAGGGAGCCGGUCGGCAGGUUGUACUUUGCAGGCACAGAGACGGCCACAGAGUGGAGCGGCUACAUGGAGGGGGCGGUGGAGGCUGGAGAGAGAGCAGCCAGAGAGAUCCUGUUUGCAAUGAAGAAAAUCCACCAGAAUCAGAUCUGGCAGUCGGAGCCUCCGUGUUUGGAAGUCCCAGCACUCCCCUUUGUCACCAGCUUCUGGGAGAGAAACUUGCCUUCAGUCGGCGGCCUCUUCAAGUUCAUGGGAAUCUCCACCUUCCUGUCCGUGGCUGCAGCAGCCGGCCUGGUGGCCUACAAGAAGGGCCUCCUCCCCCGGAGUUAAACCGCCCACAGCCGUCAGCUCACUCUCACGAGGGCACAUCUCAAUAGACACUGUACUCUUGUUCUUCUAGUGCACUACUUUAUGGCCCAGACUGCAAAGUAGUGAACUAUGUCGGGUAUAGGAUGAUGUAAGAAAGACUGUUCAGCUCACACAAAACACUAACACACCAUCGCUCUGUGCACUGUCUGUUCACUAAUGAAAGAGAGAGUGAGACAAAGUCAUGGGCUGAUCAGAGGCAAAGAGACGGUAGUUUGAGAGGAGUGAAGACAUUUAGUUUAAAUCUACAUUAAAUCUGAGAUUCAGAUUGUCAAAACCAAUGACGGAAAAAGAACAGAAUCAAUUCUUAAAAUGAAAUAUAUAUAUAUAUAUAUAUAUAGAUAUAUGUAUCACUGUCAAUACUCCACACAUUGCCAACGACCCUUACAUUCUUACAUGAGGGUUUAUUAACUCAUCAUGCUUUCUGUUUGUAUGCAUGCAUGCAUGUGUGUGUGUGUGUGUGUGUGUGUGUGUAUGUGUGUGUGUGUGUGUGUGUGUGUGUGUGUGUGUGUCCAGUGUGUCUAAUUACCUCUGCUGAUUUUAGGUGCUAAUUUAUUCUGGCCAAGCAGCUGUAGCUGUUUGAUGAGAUCCAGUAACAUCAGAAUUAAAUAGAGUUGUGCCAUUGCCCGUCACAAAAUCACAGAGGAGGUUCGAGGAUAAGGCUGAAGGUAUUAUAUAUUUUUCUUAAUGUCAACAAAUCCCGUGAAGAGACAAAUCAAUACUUUUAUUUUCUUACUUUAAUGAAGUAGCUAGAGUCUUGUAUAUCUUCUUCCUCUGUGCCACGGAGCUCCGUCGUCGUCCAAAAACUGUCUGAAACACAUCAGUGAGCAGCACUGUUGCACCGGCUGACAUGUUCCUUCAUUAUGAUGAACAUGGGCACUAUUUUAUGUCAGUCCAGCAGGAUAAUAUGUCAAAGUAUGCACAGGAACCAUCCACCCACAUGUGGAGUAACUUUAAUACGUAUGUUCCCACGCACGAGAUUAAUAUUAACGUUACAAACACAACACUGCACAGCUUGCACAGCAGUCACUGAUGAGGGUAGCUGCAGCCUCCCGGGGCACAUCGCUUUGCAAAGCGCGUGGAUCCUGGACCUGUAGCUGGCUGCUAGCCUCUGUCGUAAGGUUGUAACGUCAGUGCUAGCAGCAGUAAAGUCGCACCGCUGCUCUCUGCAGAUUCUCCCCUGCUGAGGCUUGUUUGCUUUAUUGUUUCAAAAGCCUGAAAAAUGCUGAAUUCUAACUACUUCUGCUCACUAACACACAACAUAAGUAACACAAUAUUGCUAGUAUCACAAUUCAGCGCCAGAAAUGUUCAUCAUACACCGACCGUUUGGCCCGUGACAUGCGCACCAAUCAUCGGCAUCCCAGUGUGUUUGCGUCAUAGUGAGUAGACACAGCCACAAAAUGCAUCUCAGGCACAUUCAUCAGUAAAAAAGAACCCAAAGACAAAGAAAGAUGUGCUUCUUUUGUCUUAUUUUCAAGAUUGGACGAUAAAUCAUUAAAAAAAAGUUUGCACAGUGGGAACAUUUGGGAACAUAUCUGCUGCUUCUACAGCAUUUGUGCUACAGUGGUGGUUUCUUGUUCAUAGCGGGGGAUAAGAGAUCUUUCUCCAUCUUAAUCCUGAGUUCUGUCUAACAGGUUAGCCCGGGGCCAUGAAACCUUAUCCAGCAGCCUUGGGCUUUUGUAGGCUGCUAAAGGGCCGGGGCUGAUGCCAAGCUCUAGUUAGUAACUUUAAAAAAAUAUCCAGUGUAAGGUUACGGUUAAGAUCUGAACACAAGCUACACUGACAGAGUGUUCACUCUCUGCUUAACAGCCGCAUCCCGCAUCAGAAAAGUACAGUUAAAACAACCAGAGAGAAAAUAGAACAACAACCAAGAGUCAGGAAGAAGUAAAACCUUAAUUUGACAAAAAAAGGGGCUUAUUUAGUAGGUAUAAUCAUUAAAAAAAUUCAGCUCCUGUGGGAGGAUGAGUCAAGUCAAUUUUAUUUACAUAUCCAAGAAUCAGACAUUUGCCUGAAAAGGCUUUAGUUUGUUUUAAAUGAAUCCUCUCUUGUGCUACAGAUUCUUCACUAAAGCACCAAACCCACGGCUGAAAAUAGUUCCCAUCAAAAACACUGUUUACUCCUGUUUGAGUCUCAUUUGCUUAAAGUGCCAGCACCCAGCUGUUACAGGAAAUAGCCCUUUUAAAAAACAAUAUUCUGUAUAUGAGUUUAAAGAUUUACAUCUUCAGCAGGAACAAACAGACGAGGAGCCGACAGGGAAGUCAGAAGCAUGGGAUUUGUUGACAGUAAGAAAAAGAAAAAUGUGUAAGAAGCCUCAUCCUUCAAUUCAAACUUGUAUUUCGGGGUGAUGUUGUGCUACUAAGCUGCUCUGUUAUCUGUUGGUAAAUGUAAUGGAAGCACUCGAAUGUAUUUUUAUUCAGACUAGAUGACACAAACAUUUUGAUUUACAGGUUUUUGACUGAUAUAUUUUUUGUUUCUCAUAAAUCGGAUUAAUGCAAAGGGUCGUGCUGUCGCUGACGAAAAACAGCCCAGUCGCUAGCGGAAAUUGGCAUUGUACGCUUCCGCAAACCAUUUUGCACAUUUCAUAUGUGUUAUAUCAACAUCUCUAAAGUGAUGUAGAAGAUGAGCUGACUCUGGGUGAGAUGUGGAGGCGAUGACGGAUGACGUGACGUCUAAUCAAGAUGCCUGCUAAGCAACAAACAACAAAUUUGGUUUUGAUUUAGCGAGUCAUUGCUGUGUCAAGCGGCUUUUUAGGCAAGAAAAGAGGUUGUUUAUUAGCAACGUGUCGCUGUUUUUCUAGCAGAGAUUGUCCCACCCAAAACCCCACACGUUAACCCCAGCACUGAAAUGUGAACUUUAAACAUAUUGGCUACAUCAUAAUGUACAAAUGCAGCAUUGCCAGGUGGGAAAUGUAGGAUUAUCGUACCAGAGACUCAUAAUUAUCAUAUUUUGAGGGAAAUUAUCGAACAUCCGUCAUAACCAAAAUAAAAAUCCUACUGAUGCAUCAUAGGCAAAUAUAGUCACUCUGGUGUUUACUUUCUUUAGUUUACUUUUUUUCCAUUUUCCUUGCUUCUGUUUUUCCUCUUCUUCUUCUGUUUUGAAUCUCAUUCUCGCUUGACUUCCUGACAGGUGCUCAUUGUUCAGAGACAGACGUCACCCGUAUCUCAUGCUAAGCAAAGUGCGAUUGGCUGGAAACAUGUCACAUGCGAACAGAUGCCUUCAGGGCUCACAAAAAACUCCGGCAUACUGAUUACAACCACACAUUCAUGAAAUGGUCAAAUUAUUGUACAUUUGGCCUUUUUGGGAUUAUUGAUCGUACAUCAUACAGAGGGCCAAAUUAUCAUACAAAUAUUAUAAUUAUCGUACACCUGGCAACGCUGUACAAAUGUAACGUAUCCGUGGUUUGAAGAAAUGUACAAUGCCGACAAUAUUUUUGGCGACUGGGUUAAAAUAUUAUCAUUCCAGUUAUUUUAGAUCCAAGUGGGCAGCCUGCAGCUCCUCUGUGAAGUCCUGGAUUUUACUGACUUACAUUUUUGCAGCUAUCAGAUGUUUUAUUGUAUCGUUUACUUAUAGGGAAACAAAUGAGUUUUAAAUCACACAAGACGUUGCUAAGGAAAGUUUUGAUUUGUUAAAGAGCCUCUUGUUGAAAUAAGGUUAAGACAACAGAUGAUUAAAUGAGGGAUAAUUCCCCGCAGACAUUUGGAGAAACUAAAUUCACAGCUGACUACUCGCAGUAAUCGUAACUGUUGGCCACGUUGCAAGCAACAACAGCAACCCAUGAUGAGAUGCACUUCGACGUUAGCGUAUAUUAGUCGGAGAAGGAGGUGUGUUUUGUUUCGUUUGUCGUAAUAUCAUCUGAUUUUGAGGUAGACGUGAAGAAAACUAAUCAACACACGUCUGAAUCUUAAAGAGUUCUUGUUAGUGCAUGUGUUGAAGGGCACUGUGCUGUGUGUGCAGCUCUGUGUGCCCACUGAGAGAAUCUGUGUCCCAAAGACUACCAUGUGUGUGUGUGUGUGUGUGUGUGUGUGUGUGUGUGUGUGUGUGUGUGUUUGUGAGUGUAGUUAUCUGUUGUGCCUUAUUGGAAGUCGUAGUGUUUUUGUCAUUUCUCUCUCAAGUGCCUGUGUGACUCUGACACUCUCCGCCCUCGCCCCCCCCGUCUCCCCUCCUGCCUGCACUGGAGGUCAGAGGUCAGAUGGACCAGGUCAUUGGUUUAUCAUCAGUAACCAUCACUACACAGGGACCAGCAAAACAACCCCAUGUCCCUCUCAGCAUGUCCGGACUUUUUCAUUUUCUCGCACCCCUCGUAUCACCUGAGUGACGUCCUCAGUACAAACUUGACUCAGGUGUAGAAACACAGUGAAUUAUAGAGCUCAGACUGUUGGGUCGAUCAAACUGCUUUUCUCCAGUGAAGCCAAGUCUGUGUGUUUUGUAUUGUGAUUGCAGUGCUUCACUGUCUGUUUCCUCUUGUUGUGUGAUGUCCUCAUGUCUCUUUAGCUGCUUAACUGACCCCCCUUUGAUCCCAGCACAUGCACUGGAUUUACACUCGACUCUAGAAGUCAUGACUGGACAAUGAUCACGUUUUAGAAAUUUUCUCAAACAAUUUUCAGUGAACAAACAAAGCCAGCACACUUUGUCCGUCCCUUCAAACUGCAGUACAAGCACCACAACCCUGGUGAAAAUGUUGGCAUCAGAUGGUUCUGCAAACCGUGGAUAUGCUGCAUUUGUACGUUUCAUACGUGUCAUAUCAUCAUUUCUAAAGUGAUGUAGUAUAUGAGCUGACUGUGUCACUGGGACAUGGAGAGGGUGAUGGUACUGUUCAACCAACAGUCCAACUUGGUACCAACAAACAACAAAACCAGUUGUUUUUAGUGAGCCAUCGCUGCAUUUCCAGCAGCUUUUGAUGUACCAUGCAAAAGUGUUUUUUAGCAGCUCACUGCUGUGUUUUCAGCGGAUAUUGUGCCACAAAAAGUGGUUGUUUUUUUUACAGAAAUGGCACCGCAUUUCCAGCCAGGAUAGUGCCAUGAAAAGCAGUUGGUUUUUAUAGUGACAUUGCUGUGUUUCCAGUGGAGAUUGUGCCACCUUAGACGUCACUGCAUUUCCAGCCAUGAUACUGGCCCUAAAAAUGAUUUUUUGUUUUGUUUUGUUUUUUUUACAGUGAUAUCACUGCGUUUCCAGCGUGGAUAAUGGCACCACACGCAUUUUUUUGUGGCUACAUCCCUGCAUUUCCAGCCUAGAUUGUGCCACGAGAAGUGGUUGCUUUUUAUGGAAAUGUCACUGCAUUUCCAGCCAGGAUAAUGGCACAUAAAUAAGUUUAUUUUUUACAGAGACAUCACUGCCUUUUCAGCCAGGAUAGUGACAUGAAAGUUGUUUGGUUUUUAAAGAAACAUCACUGCAUUUACAGCCUGGAUGGUGGCACUGUAAGUGUUUUAUUUUUACAGAAACAUCAUUUCCAGCCAAGAUUGCACCCUCAAAAGUUGGUAUUUUAAGACAGAAAUAAUCUUUUCUUAACUAUAACCAAGAGGCUCUUGUUCUGGUGGAGAUUGUACCAUGAAAAGUUUUUUUCCCUGAGACAUCACUGCAUUUCCAGCCAGGAUUGCCCCCUCAAAAGGAGGUAUUUUAAAUCAAAACAUGAUCUUAUCCUAACCAUAUCCAAGGGCUUUUGUGCCUUAAACUAACCACACAUUAAUCACAGCGUUAUUUAAAUGUAAAGUUUCAAAGUAUCCACUACAGAAUAACAUGCAAAUGUAACAUACCCAUGGCGUGCAGAAAUGUACAGUGCCAACAUUUAUUCUGGCGAUUGUGUUGAGCACCAUCAGCAGACACGAUGUAUUCAUUAUCUGAUCCUUCUUCAUUGUUUCCUGGAGACCUGAGACUGUUCCUCCGUCCCUCUCGUCCUUUUGUGCAUUCGAGCCUCUUUAACUUCCUGUUCUUUGAUGUCUUUGAUUCCUCAAACAAAGCUGGUGAUAUUUAAAAAGAAAAAAAUGUGAAAUAAAUCUUUUACUCGUCUUCAA